UUGGCGAUGAGGAGAGAGGAGUGCUGUACAAUGAAAGGAUGAACCCGAAAAUCGUUAAAACAAUUAUUAAACGACAGUCGAGAGGCGGGGAGUGGUAGUUUCCACAACGAUGACACAACACGGCAGGUUUUACUCCACUGACUAAAUCCUGAUUAGCCGAAUCCAAGAACCCUGACGCUUCUGACAGCUGGGUGAAGAUUUCUGGGCGCCUCGCGUUGUAGGGGGUCUGGUAGAGAGUACACUUAUUUCGCUUAUGCUGGCGACCUCAGUUAAAACAGACAAAAAAAUACAUGUAAAAAAUUAUUGCGUUUCAGCACUUGAAAGGAGGACAGCGCCUUUCUUCGACGCAGCCUUCAGAGACUCAACUAAUGCCGGAACUUCUGAGCGAAUUGAAACACUCCGCCUCUUGUGCAAGAACUCAUCGAACAAAUGAACACUUCCAAUGUAGCUUACUGUACCUGUACUGCAGCGCAUGAAAUAGUCUAAAAUCCAUCGUCAGAGAAUCAGCUGUUCACUUUAAGCUCAAUAUGUACCAGGGGCAUUUGCAGGAGAGGCACGCUAGGGCUGCAGAUAUCACUGUUGCCAUGGUGCUGAAGGAGAUACCCAGUAAGGCGUCAUCAGAAGGGAAACCCCUCCAAUCAGUGACAACCAAGCUGGUGAGUGAGCAACAAGAGAGCCGCCCCCUGCUGAGCCCCUCCAUCGACGACUUCCUCUGCGAGACCAAAUGCGACAGAGCUGCCCGUCCAGUGACUUCGAACACAGCAGUUCUGUCGUCCACUCUGGACCUGUUGGACCUCAGCGAGCCCGAGGAGCGGAGAACCAGCAAGCAGGACAAGAGCCCUCUAUCACUGCGUGGAGAGGGCCCGAAGAACGGGCCACACAGGAAGAGGACGACAGAGGAGACUGAGCUGAUUCAGGUGGACGUGGAACAAACUGCACACAGCUCGCUCACUCCUGAGACAGCAUCCCUAGACUCAGUUAACACUGCACACCCUUUGGAGAAAUGGGAGGAGCUCAACGUCCACCCUGAGGGAAAUGGCUGCCGAAAGUGGAAACAAGACAGACGACGUUCAUCAAAAAACUCCUCCAGUGAACUCCUGUGGUCCAUAGAGUGCAAAACACAGCCAGAGCAACCUUCCAAGACCUCAUUUGAAUUGGAUACCAAAACAGAGGCAGAACCAGCUCUAGCGUAUCAACUCAACCGACAGUAUAUUAGUGGAAGACAUGGCCAUUUGAGUAAAGAGCGGAUCGGUGGCGGUGCCAUCCUAUCCAGAAACCAGUCCCUUGAGGAGGAGUUUGAACGGGCCAAAGCGGCCGUUGAGUCGGACACGGAGUUCUGGGACAAGAUGCAGGCGGAGUGGGAGGAGCUAGCGCGGCGUAACUGGUUAACGGAGAACGAGCAGGCACAGGUCCCCAGCAGUGUGUCACCUCACGAGAAGGGCUACUACUUCCACAUGGACAACCCUUACAAGGACUGGCCCAAUGCGUUUGAGGAGGGUCUUCGAAAGUCCAAAGAAGGAGACCUGCCGAACGCCGUGUUGCUACUUGAGGGGGCGAUCCUGCAGGACCCGCAGGAUUCAGAGGCUUGGCAAGUGUUGGGGACCACCCAGGCCGAGAACGAAAAUGAGCAGGCAGCCAUCGUCUCCCUCCAGAGGUGUCUGGAGCUCCAUCCCAACAACCUGCCGGCCCUCAUGGCCCUGGCGGUGAGCCUGACCAACACUGGCAUGAGGCAGGACGCCUGCGAGGCACUGCUGCGCUGGCUCCGUCACAACCCCAAGUACCGGCACCUGCUGAAGGGCAAGACGCACCUGUCCGGCUCCCCGCCCUCCCAGCGUAGGAUGUCCCGUGUCUCCACCGUGGGCAGGUACGAGAGCAACCUACUGGCUGACGUCAAGGAGUUGUUCCUUGAGGCGGCGCAGCACAACGCGGUCACGGACCCUGACCUGCAGACGGGCCUGGGUGUUCUGUACAAUCUCAGUGCCGAGUUCAACAAAGCUGUGGAGGCCUUCAACGCUGCCCUGUCUGUGCGGCCAGACGACUACCUGCUGUGGAACCGCCUGGGGGCCACACUGGCUAACGGAGACCGGAGUGAGGAGGCGGUGGAGGCCUACACCCGGGCCCUGGAGCUCCAGCCGGGCUUCAUCAGGUCCCGCUACAACCUGGGCAUCAGCUGCAUCAACCUGGGGGCGCACAGGGAGGCGGCCAGUAACUUUCUAACGGCCCUGAGUCUGCAGAGGAAGAGUCGAAGUCGGCAGCUUUCGCACCAGCUCAUGUCGGGAAAUAUUUGGGCCGCCUUGCGGAUCGCCCUGUCCAUGAUGGAUCAACCCGAGCUGUUCCAGGCAGCCAACAUCGGAGACCUAGACCUCCUCAUGAAAGCCUUCCACCUGGACAUGUGAGCCAUGCUGACGAGGUCGCUCCCUCGGAAAAGCCAAAGUGUACAAAUGGAAAAAGCGCCGUUUUCUCCGGUCAGUGAAAAGUGUGUGGUCUUUUUUUUGUUGUUGCACAGACUACGAACUACCCAGUCUUCAUUAUUCCAAAGUACCUCUGCAGUCUUCUGGGUUACUGCAUGUGCUCAGAGGAGAGACUAUUUCGCAAUGGAUUUACACUGCAAUUUGUGAUUCCCCAGACGAGCACAAGGACGGGCAAAGAUUGUAUAACUAAUGCCUUAGAGAACACAGCAAUUAAAACAAACUUAUUGAGUGGAACUGAGCGUGAGAGAGAGUAGCGCAGAGAAUGCUGGUGUUGAAUCGCGUUCGGGUUUGACAGGAGCGGAGGCCUCAUCUAAUUACUUUUCAGAGUGUUUGGAUUGUCACUCUGACCUAAAGGAAGGAUUUUUUUUUAUCAAUAAAGACUACACCAUUAGCUGUGGGACUUUUAGGCUGCAAAUCAAUAGAUCCUCUUUUUAGGGAGGAACAAUAGUGCAUGGAAACUUAAGCAUUUUACUAAAUGGAUUCAGAUGCACUUGCCUGAAACUAGAAUCAUUUUUCCUUUCUUGGAGUCUGCACUUUGAAAAACUAACAGAUAUCUUACUGAAAUUUUCACAAGACAGAUUGUAAAGCCUUACUCGAAAUGCAUGCUAUACAAAAAAAAUAUUUAUUUCUACUAUUUUUAUGGCAACCAAUGUGCCAUUUUUAGAUUCUGUUUUUGGACUUCCUAGAAUAUUUGGAAUCCUCUUAGUCCUUUAUGUUUUUUUGGUGUUCUCAGCUGUUCACUUAACUUUCUUUACCUAUUUUCUCUUCACCCUCGCUGGUUUUGCCCUCAGAGCUGCAAAUGUACUUCACGUGUCAGAAAGUCUUCCUGCUGAAUCUGCCAUGUCUCUGGGAUUACUUUCAAACUGUCACAUGACUUUAAGGCGUCAUAACCGUGCUAGAAAAUGGAUUCCCCCAAGGUAAAACAGUCUUUACUAGAAGAAAGCAUCUUUGUGUAAAACGUGGGGUAAUGCUUAUGUAGUGGUAAUGUUCAAUGCUGCCCAAAGGCCUUUCAGAGUGGGUAUAACAUCCCAUUAGCUAACAUCAGUGUUCGGGUUAACAUCGUUUUCACAGUGACAAAACAAGUAGUUGUUUGCUUAUGUUUUAACCAUUGGGGAAACUGGUAAUGGUGAUCGGCUUUACUGAUGUCCCAGCAAACAAAACUGGGUUUACAGGAUGUCUCCGGAACGGGGAAGUAUGUUGUCCCCAUGGUCUAUCCAUGGUCUAGCCCCCCUUUAAAAAGAGAUUCCUACAAGAUCAAACAAACGCUAUCCCUUUAAGUGUGCUUAGUCUGUUGAUGGUUUAUUGGUCUAGAAGCGUCACAGAUGUUACUCUGAAAUUCAAUCUUACAUUGGUGAAACACAGGUCACCAAGCGACGGAGAGUAUGUUGACAUUUUCAUCAUGGUACUGAUGCUCAUUUCUGGAGUUAUUUGAAGGUGGGAGUGCUUACAUUUUCCAUAUUGGCCCUCACCAACAGAGCUACAGAAUCAUGACAAAGUAAAUGACAUACUGUAGAUGGACACUGUCAUUUACUGUCAUUUACUUUUGUCAUUCACUCUUCAGUGCCAUUGCACUUCCGUGUUUACUGUCAUGCCUGCUGUUAGGACGAGGAAAUGUGUGUGAUUCAAAGAUCCAAUGCUAAAGGUGGUUGUUCUAUGCUGCCAUUUCUAACUGCAUAAUUCCCCUGACUCAAAAGGAAACACUUUUCUUUGCUUUGAUGGAAUGCUAUCACAGUGUGACAGAGAACCCGUCGCCAUGGCGCUUUGAUGUGAUUUGUUCAUAUAGGCCAAGAUGACUCUGUCAGAGGGGGAAAAAAAGAGACUAAACCUUUUUGGAAAGUUGUUGCUUUUUCUACUGAAAGCACUUUUAAUUCGCCCUUUACUUUUAUUGCCAUUUGGGGAACGUUUUGGCACCUUGUCAGCAGAAAUGCAGACAUUGUUUACAAGGAAAGAAGGUCAGCUGGGCACAGAAUUCAAAUGCUGAUGAGAAAAUAGGAAACUGCCAUUCACUUUAGCAAGGCCUUCAAGUCUUUGGUACUUUGGCAUAGCAUCAUGAUACAGGGGUCAGUUUCAUUUAAUACCGACACGUUCGGUUGAGACCGGCUUACGGAGGGCAACUGUAAUGGAAUCCUGUUUUACUAUAGCAGUCCGCUGAAAAUUCCUGUACAAUUCAAAGACAUACUCUUUCUGUCACUGUACACAAACUCAAGCUUAUUGAAGGAAGGGUUCCCUUGUUGGCAACACUGAAAAACUGAUUCAUUUCUGUUCUUUUGUAUUGAACCCAUUACAUUCAAAUAGUCUGAAAAUGCAAUGGAGAUCAUUUUUCCACUCAGGGAAAGGGUUGGAACAAGUCCAGCAGCAAAUGCCAGACGAGAAAGACAUCAGUUACAGUAAGUCUUCAUUCAAUCACUGCGUCAUUACGUUUCCAACAUUAAGAAGCCAGAGGCGUUGUCUGCUCAGGCGUAGCACACACAUGCACCACCACGAACAGGCUGCCAUCUUGGUCUAGCUUUGAAGACCAGAAACGCGUCGGCGACUGUUGAAUAUCGAAAGCCAACUGGGUCAACGCGAUACGGCGUCGUUUGCAUUUGUUAAUUAGUUUAGUCUGGAGGCCGGAUGCCCUAAAUUAGAUAAUGCGCAUUUACACACACUACCCUUCACACACGCUACCCUUUACACACACUACCCUUUACACACACUACCCUUUACACACACUACCCUUCACACACGCUACCCUUUACACACACUACCCUUUACACACACUACCCUUUACACACACUACCCUUUACACAUACUACCCUUUACACACACUACCCUUUACACACGCCACACUUGAUAACCCCGACCAUAAACCCACCCAGCGAACAAUGGCGGUGGAAAUCUGGAUGUAAGGACGUUAAAACGCAACGUUUUAACUGCUUGGCCCCUUGACGAUCAGCUGCUCGCUACUGACUCAUGCAAAGGCAACUAUGAACUCUACUCAGUAAGUUCAGGUGACUAAGUGGUGAGAACGGUUUUGAUUAAUUCCAAAGAGAAUGAUUUGCCGUGCGUUUUCCUCUGUCUGGGUGUCUCUUGCCGUGACUGUGUGCAUGCAGCACAGCAUUCGGUAUUACAAUUAGUUCAUUGCUGAAAGCGGGAUUUCCUCUACCUUGUGAUUUCUUUCAAAUCACUCUGAUUUCUUAUGGUCUAGUAAGCCUGUGCUUUAUGCAUUUUGAAAAAAUACAAUGUAGUUAUGUUGAUGUUUUUUUUUUUUUAUACAAAUCUAUAGUAUUGUAGAAUCUAUAUUUGUUUUGCCUGGUGAUAAAAGUCCCUUUUCUAGAACUGUUUACCUUCUCAGGUGUGAGGACCUAGCUAUACCUAGCAUGCAACAAAAGAACUCAAGAUGGAUCGCAUGCUAGAUCUUCUAAGCUUCAUUCUGAAUGCCCUUUUGAUUUUAUGCAUGAAUUGCAAACCAUUAAGUACUUUCUUUGCCCCUUUAUAAAAACAUAAUUCAUGUUACCUGGCAAUAUUUCUUCAAUGCACUUUUGAUCGGCUACAGUUAUAAAUUGUUAUAUCUAUCUAUCUAUAUAUUCAAUAUAUAUUGUACACAAGAUACAAUAACAAGUACAUUGCAGUAAAUUUGGCAAACUGUUUUGCUAAAGGAUUUGGAACCUUUGGUGACAGUUGUAUAAACUUUAACUCACAGAUGUAAACAACCUUAGACCCCAACUCUUCGCGGUCAGCACAAUGGCAUUAGGCCUAGAGGAGGAUGGUUGUUCAGCAGGGCCGGUUCUAGGCAUAAGCAACCCCCAACUACAAGGGGAGAGGGGGCCCCAAAUCAAAUUUUGCUUAGGGCCCCCAAAAGGCUAGAGGCGGCACUGUUGCUCUGUAUCCUAUGUACAAUACCUUUAUCAAUUCUUACCUUUUGGACUUACUCAUUAUAAAAGAGGCUUGUUCACUCUAGUUCAUUUCUAUAGCCGACGUUACAGGUAUGAAUUGAGCAAAUUAUAUUUUGAGGCAAACGAGUGACUUAAAGAAAUUAAAUACUGAAAUACUUUAUAGUGUACUUAAAAUGCAUACUACUCUCCUGAUAAUCACUUGUCAAGCAUUAACACCUUUCAAACAAACUGUACAUGAAAGUUAGCCUAUCUUUUA